AUUUUGUCGCAAACCAUAAAACGGAAUCGAUGAACUGACAGAAUUCGAUGAAAGGAACCGAUGAACAAACUGUGAAUUAGAUCCAGGCUGAAGUCAACUUUUAGUUUCUUGGACACCCAAUCAUGAUACUAGGUCAACAACAAUUGGAAAUAAAAUAUGAUGGAACUACAAAUAUUUUUUUUUUCAGAAUUUGGGGCAUAUAAAAAGGAAUUGGGAGAGAUGUUUCGUAUUUUUAAGGACAAGAAAACUAAAAUGUUUUAACCUCUCCCCUCAACGGCCCUAAGGACUGUAGAAAGCAAAAGACUUUGAAUAUUUUAAUAAGAAAGAGAAAAAGGUGAACGCUGUCUCAGCUGUCCCUCUUUACAAUCCAAAUAAAAGCUCAAAACCAUGGCUAAAAGUUUCAAAGAUUCCUUCACCAAUCCCCACUGCAUGUAUUUUUUUCACAAUACAAAAGAAUGAUGAGUUAACAACCCAGGCUGAGGAAGAAGACAAUGAGUGACUUUUAUAUGGGCUUUAAAACAUUUGAACCAAACAUCAAAUCCUCCAAAAGAACAGCACAGAUAGCUUAGAAAAUACCUCACCAUUGUCCGUUUAUGGAGGUUCUAAGUGACCCCUUGCAAUAUUUUACUGCUGUCUACGAAAACAUAAUUGGCUUUAUCCCAAUCUUUGGUCAAUGAUUAAACUGUAGCGUCCCCACCCUCAAACCAGCAACCCUAAAAAACUCCAUCUUCUCCCUCCCUAAUCAAAAGGUCUCCUCUAUAUCUCUCUCUUUCAAUCUGAACUAUUGUUAUUUCACCAAGCAAAAAUGACCAUUGAAGAAACAGGGCCAAACCACCCUUCAGAUCACAUAUUGGACUGGUUAGAGGACUCGGUUCCUUUCUUUUCCCCAUUCCUGGACGAAACUAACAACUCCAGCUCUAUAAACUGCUAUCAAUGGUGGGAUGCGAAUCAGGACACAGGUGAAGAUCUGAUUAAUGGCUUUCUCAGCAACUCCCCCACUACUGUUAGUACUAAACUACAAAACAUACCCACUUCCCACCACUUGACACCAUCUGACUUGACCAAGAAAAGAAAAGCUCCAGAUGAUUCAGUUCAUAAGAAAUCACAAACCCAUCAGAACCGAAGGAAGAAUCAGAACAAUCAGAGCAAAAAUGGUGGCGGUGGAGCUGUUGAGGGAGUGACUGUGAUGAAGAAAUCAGUAGGGAACAAGAAAAAUUCAUCAAAAUUCACAGGAAAUAACUGUAAUAACGGAAGCAACAGGGAAGGAAGGUGGGCAGAGCAAUUGCUAAAUCCCUGUGCUAGUGCUAUCAUUAAAGGGGAUGCGACAAGGGUACAUCACCUUCUUUGUGUUCUUCAAGAGCUCGCCUCACCCACCGGCGACGCCAACCACCGGCUCGCCGACCACGGUCUCCGAGCUUUGGCUCAUCACCUGUCCUCCAAUUCUUCGUCUUCUUCUUUUUCUUCUUAUUCCUCCACAGUUGCCCCGGUUACUUUCGCUUCGACGGAUCCUCGAUUCUUCCAGAGGUCUUUAAUCAAAUUCCACGAGGUGAGUCCAUGGUUUGCAUUCCCGAACAACAUCGCAAAUUCUUCAAUCCUCCACAUUCUCUCUGAAGAACCUAAUCGCCCGCGAAAUCUUCACAUUCUUGACAUUGGGGUUUCUCAUGGUGUGCAAUGGCCAACACUGCUCGAGGCCUUGACUCGGCGUUCCGGUGGACCUCCGUCGCUAAUUCGUCUUACAGUUAUCGGUCCAACCAUCGAACAUGACCAAAAUACCGAGACACCGUUUUCAAUUGGUCCACCCGGAGACAACAUCUCCUCUCGGCUUCUCAGUUUCGCCAAAUCCUUGAACAUCAAUUUACAAAUCAACCGUCUCAACAAUCACUCACUCCAGAGCUUAAAUUCGCAAGUAAUCAACAAAUUCCCAGACGAAAUCCUGAUCGUUUGCGCACAGUUCAGACUCCACCAGUUGAAACACUGUGAUCCUGACGAAAGAUUCGAGUUCUUACAAAAUCUUCGAAAAAUGGAACCAAAGGCAGUGAUUCUGAGUGAAAACAACAUGGGAUGUAGCUGUAGCAACUGCGGAAAUUUCGACACCAGAUUCACACGACGAGUUGAAUACCUAUGGAGAUUUCUGGAUUCAACAAGCGCGGCAUUCAAAGGAAGAGAAAGCGAAGAAAGAAGAGUGAUGGAAGGUGAAGCGGCAAAAGCACUGACGAACGAUGGGGAAAUGAACGAGGAAAAGGGAAAAUGGUGUGAAAGAAUGAGAAAUGCGGGUUUUGAGAGAAAAUUAUUUGCAGAAGACACCAUUGAUACGGCUCGAGCUUCAAUGAGAAGGUAUGAUAACAACUGGGAGAUGAGAAUUGAAGAGAAAGAUGGAUGCUUAGGGUUAUGGUGGAAAGGCCAACCCGUUUCCUUUUGUUCGUUUUGGAAGUUGGGGAUCAAAUCCAAUGCUCUUUGAAACCUUUUCCUUUUCUUGCCAACAGCUUCAAAGUUCAAAACAAACCUAAUUUUCAAAUAAAAAAAAAUAGACGAUGGCUUUGUGUUUGAAUGCAGCUCCCCUUUCGUUUUGCUUCUUGAAGUUUUUUCAGACUAUUUUGAACUUUGAUUUGAGUUCAACUUGUGAGAUUGGAUGAUUCGAACAUUAGUCUGUCAAGCUCUCAAACAAUUUGUUGAUUGAGUUUUGAGUAUGUUUAGAUUUUAAGCAUUUUUAAAGUGAUGUUUUUAAGGUUUCAAACUC